GUGCUAUGGGGAGACGCUCUGUGUUGUCACCAGCCCCCGCGGGGGCUCAGGAGGGCUAUGGGGACCCCGCAGCGACAUCGGGGGGUGUCCCGGGGGUGCUCUGGGGGCGCAGGGAACUCACCGUGCGUGUGUCCCCCCCCCCGCCCCCGGGCGCCCUCCUGCCGCCCGCCGCGGGACGCGAACCCGCGGUGCCGGGGUGCUGCGGGGGCGGGGCUGGAGCGAGGCCGGGGCGGGGCUUGGGGCGGGGCCGAGGCGGGGGGCGGGGCUCUGGGCGGAAGUGGCGCCGGGAUUCAAAGCGUCGGUCGCUGCGGAAGUGGCGGUUGGUGGCGGCGGCGGGAGGCCGGGGGGCCGAAGCCGCUGUGCCGGGAUGUUGCCCCCCUGGACGGAACGUCGGCGGGGGGCCGGGGAGCAGGCGGGGGGGCGUCGGGAGAGACCCCCCCGGCAGCGCUGGCGGGUGCUGGCCGAGAGGAACCCCAGCGCGGUGGCCCCCGUGGGCGCCUGGGUGGAGAGCGGCCCCGGGGGAGCCCAGCAGAGCCUGGCCUUUGCGGCAGCGUCGCGGGUGGAGGAGGAGCUGAAGGAGCGGGAGCGGGAGAAGGCUGCCAGCCUGCGGCGCUUCCAGGGAGAGGUGAAGCAGCGGGUGAACCGGCAGGUCAGGACGCGGAGAAAGCAGCAGCUGCAGGAAUCCUGCGAAGCAGCGGAGAGGGAGAGCUGCCUCGCCGCUCGGUAUUCGGCCUCGGCGCUGCGUUCGAACCCCAGGAAGAACACGUGCCUGUUCCGCAGCCGCCCCGCGCCCGCCAUCUGCGGUCCCGCCGCCCCGGCGCAGCGGCUUGGGGGCCACGGCGAGCCCUUCCAGCAGCGAGCCGCCCAGCUUAGCAAAACCGUGAAGCAAGUGCGGCGCAGGCUGGCGUCCCGCAGAACCGUGCCCCCAGGAGCGGGUCCCCCCGAGCUCCCCGGCGGCGGCUGGAGGCGAGAGAAACCAGAGCCUUCCGAGACGGCCGCGGCACCCGCGGAAGACGAGAGGGAGGAACUGCUUCUAGCGGGACAUCAUGAUCUUCCAGCUGAGCUGCAAGACCCGGGGACGGCCCCGCAUCAGGCCCAGCAAGACGACGACUUCUACAUCAAAAUCGAAUUUGCAAAACCCUGCGACGGGUCGGUGAAGGACUCGAGCUCGCCCCAGCCUCCUCAGGGACUGGACGCCCAUCACCCAUCUCCCCUCGGACUCUGGGCUGGCGUCGACCGAGAGGAAACUAAGAAGCAGCGUCAGACCCAGUACCUGAGGUACAGGCGCCUCUUCAUGAAUAUCGAGCGAGAGCAAGUGAAGGAACGGCAAAGGCGCAGGGAGAGGCAGAAGAGAAUCGCCGGGAUUAAGAGCAAGACGGAGAAGCAGCGCCGGGCGGAAGAGCGGAGGAUGCAGGAGGCGGCCGACGGGCAGGAGCCCUCCCUGGGAGAGGGAGCCUGUGAAACCCUGGCCCAGCUUAAACUGGAGGAGAGGAGAGCGGAGAAGGUCAAGGAUAAACGGCAGCGGAAUAAGGAGUACGCGAGGUACGUCGACGCGCUGAGAGCCCAGACGAGGGAGAAGAUAAAACUGUAUAACAUCGAUUUGCCCCCGCUGUGCUCCUGCGGGUCCGAUUUCUGGGGCUCCCACCCGGAUACCUGCGCCAACAACUGCGUCUUCUACCAAAACCCCAAAGCCUACAGCCGGGCGCUGCUCUCCCUCCUCUCCUCCUGCGUCCCGACGGACGGGAGCCCCGCCGCCCUGCCGCCGCUCCGCGACCUGGCCUCUCUCUUGGCUCGCACGGGGCAGCGUCUGUGACGAGGACGGCCGCCCGCCCCCCGCCUCGCGUCUUGGCGCCCGCUGUAAGUAGGGAGCGGGGCCGUGCCCCCUUCCACCCACCACGGCACCUUCGCGCUCCUCCCCCGGGGGGGCUCAGCCUCGCGCCUCUCCGCGCCCGUGGGUGCGGAGAAGCCCCUCGCUGGCGGGGCCGGCGUUCUAGGCAGACGCUUGAAUUUUUUGGCGUUCGGCCGCACAAUAAAUUGUUUCCCGAGGUUGGUUGUCUCAGUGGGAGUGGGGGGCGAGAUCUUUUGGGGUUAAAAAACCCCCUCCCCCUUUUCAAAACCCUUCCUUCCCCCCUCCCUUCGCGCCGUUUCCCUCUGGCUCCUGCCAGCCCCUGCCCCUCGCCUCACGCUCCGGGUAUUUAUCGCUCCUUCACUUUCUUCCGGGUGAGGACAUCUCCUCUAAUGCCAUCCGCCCCCCUCCCUACCCGCCUUCCCUCUAUUUUGCUCCGGAAAGAAGCUUUUUUUCCUAGGAGGAAAAAAAAAAAAGUCUAUAUUAUUCAUCUCCAGGUGAGCGGGAUUCUUCCCUUCUUGGUUUUCCCCCUCCCCCCAGCCCAGGGAUGCUGCUUGUUCCCUUCUCAACUUUGGAAUCCCCGAAUCGCUCUCUUUUCCCAAAAAAACGACGGCGGCGGGCUAACGGUGGGGAGGUUGCACUGUAACCCCCCCCCUCCAUUAAUAUUUACUCCUCGCCGGGCCGCCCUCUCCAAUAUUAACCGGGGCAGGAAGGACGGGCGCCCGAGCGUGCCGCCUCGUUUCUUUACCCCGUCACCAUCCCGCGACCCCGGGCAGAGGUAGGGGGGAGGCGUUGGAGCGGGGCCGGGGAUGUUCCUCCGUUUCCUCGCUUCCCCCUUGGAGAAUCAUUCACCGCUUUCUUCGCGGCGGCCGGCGCUAUUUAUUAACCGCCGUUUGCGUCAGGGGGGAGACGCCGCCGACCUGAGAAGGGGUGUUGAGGCGGAGUCGGAUGCGGCCCCCGGGAGGUUUUUUCGCGUGUGCCGGGAGCCAGGGAAGCUCCAACUGCGUUUUUUGAGGGAUUUCAGGGCAGCCGAGGACAAGCGGUUCCUUGGCAGCUCCCCAAACGCUUGCUCACGGCCGGGGGACACCCAGCUUUCACCACUCCGGAGCGGCCCCCCCCGUCCCCCCGAGGGUCGGGGUCUGGUUUGGGCGCUUAAUUCAAAGGAAUGAUGUUUAAUAAAGCCAUCGCUGCUGCUCCCCCGGCCUCCUGAUCUGGCCCGGCCUGUGGCGUAAA